AUGGAGGCUUUCUGCUCGCAAGCAAACAUGUUUCCGGAACGAGACUGUUGCGAACUGUGCUCAGGCACGCGUGUGAAGCGCUUGCGUCAGUGUUAA